AUGGCCAUCUUAGGAUACCCAGAGAAGCCACCAUCCUCGCAAAUCCCGUUGUAUGUUGAUGAUGCAACGAAGAUCAGAGACAAAGAGCACGAGUACAUUCCAAGAGGACUGAAUGCUGACAAGGAGAAGAAGGCCUUAUUUGCCAAAGUUAAAGAGGUGAAGCACUUGACCAAGCACAUUGGUACAGAGCUGAUUGGCGUGCAAUUGGCAGAUCUUAAUGAACAGGAGCUCGAUGAACUGGCACUCCUGAUUGCUGAACGAGUUGUUGUGUUUCUAAGAGACCAGGACCUUUCACCACAGAGACAAUUGGAGAUUGGCCACUUCUUUGGAACUCCAGAGGUUCAUCCACAGGUUCCUCAUGUUCCAGGCUUACCAGGCACCACUGUUAUUUGGAACGAAUUGGCAAGAAAGAACGGGCUGAACGUUUCCUGGAAGAACUCUAAGGCUGGUACAGGUACCUGGCAUAGCGACUUGCCUCAUGAGCUACAGCCUCCGGGUGUUACUCAUUUGCACAAUGAUGCUAUUCCUUCGCUUGGUGGUGAUACUCUAUGGGCUUCAGGGUAUGCUGCGUACGACAAGCUCUCGCCAGCAUUGCAGAAGUUCCUCGAGGGGAAAUACGCCUAUCAGAGAUCCAUGCACACUUACUUGGACAGAUCAAACCCGUUGAAUGGUGGGAAGCAAAUCUUGAGAAAGCAGCCUGUUGUCAGAACACAUCCUGUGACUGGCUGGAAGUCUCUAUACGUCAACCGUGAUUGGACUGUUUCGAUUGAAGGGCUGGAACCUGGUGAGUCCAAGGUGAUUUUGGAGUACCUGUUUGACGUCUAUGAGAAGAACCUCGACAUCCAGGUAAGAUUUGACUGGAGACCAACCAUUGAAGGGUUAGGAACCUCUGCUUUAUGGGAUAACAGAGUCAGUCAGCACGCUGCGGUUUGGGAUUACGCUGGAGAAGAGCCGAGACAUGGAACGAGGGUGAGUUCUUUGGCUGAGAUUCCGUAUUUCGACCCGAGCUCCAAGUCUCAAAGAGAGGCACUGAACUUAGCUUAG